UUGCGGGACGGAAUGCGGAUGGGAUAUUUGAACACCGUUAAACUGCUGGAGAAAAAACCCGCAGUGCCGAGAGGAGGACAUUCCCGACUGACGUCAGUUUCAAAAGGAGGUGGACCGGAACCCAUGUUGGAUGAAGAACAUGUAACCUCGGCGCUGGCCUGCCGCCCUGAUUGACAGUUCGGGAUGCUCGGUUGACAUUGAUCACCUGAUCACCCCCCACCCCACCCCCCACCCGCACGAGCCCGGUCGCGAUGGAAAGUGGAGUUGUUCUGCCCUGUGUUGAGUUCAUGCUCAGCCCGCUGGUCACGUGGGUGAGGACAUUCGUGCCACACGAUGGGGGCAUGCACCUCGACCUCUCCGUCUUACUGGAUGGAGUCUUUCUGAACGAUAUCAUGACACAGAUAAAUCCCUCGGCUACACCUCCGGGGGCAAAGAAAGCGAGCAAGAACCCAAGUCAGAGGAUCCAGAACCUGAAUGUACUCGUCCAACAAAUAAAGAUGUAUUAUCUGGAUAAUCUGAGGCAAUUAAUUAUGAUUCCUUUGCCAAAUGUGUUGCUGCUUGGCAGGACUCCGUACAGCGAACAAAGUCUGGAGGAAAUGAAGAAGCUUUUGCUUCUUCUGUUGGGCUGUGCAGUUCAGUGUGAGAAAAGGGAGGAGUACAUCGAGAGGAUCCAGACACUUGACUUUGACACGAAAGCCGCCAUCGCCGCACAUAUUCAGGAGGUGACCCACAGUCAGGAGAACGUGCUGGAUCUGCAGUGGUUGGAGUCCAGCGAAGUGCACGCGGAGGAGCUGGAGGUCGUGGCGAGGAACAUGGCCGCGCACCUCCGACAUGUGCUGGACCAGAGGGACACUCAUCAAGAGACCAUUGCAGAGCUGAUGCAGGAGAAGGAAGGAGGGGUCAGCCUGCUCAAUAGCCCCUCCAGCCCGCAGUCUGGCUGCUACUCUCCCAGCAUGCAGCAGCAGACAGGUGCUCAACAACACCUGGCCGUGGAGCUGGCUGACUCUAAGGCCAAGAUCAGACGACUGAGACAAGAACUAGAGGAGAAGAGUGAGCAGAUGCUGGACUGCAGACACGAGCUGGAGAACAUGGAGGCGGAGCUUAAGAGGAUCCAGCAGGAGAACUCCCAGCUGCUCGUAGACGCCCGCGCAGCUCGCGCCUACCGGGACGAGCUGGACGCCCUGAGAGAGAGAGCCGUGAAGGCGGACAAGCUGGAGAGUGAAGUGGGACGCUACAGGGAAAAACUGCACAAGAUGGACGUCUACAAGGCCAAAGUGGAGGAGCUAAAGGAGGACAACAGGGUUCUACAGGAGACUAAAGAUGUGCUGGAGGAUCAGUUGGCAGGCGGGAGGGCGCGCUCCGAUAAAAUCCACCAGCUGGAGAAGCACAGUCUGCUGCUGAAGGCCCGGGUCCAUGACCUGGAGCAGGAGAGGGAGGCAGAUCAGAGGCGCACCGAGGAGCUGCAGGAGGAGAACCUGGCUCUGUGUUUGGCUCAGAGGAGGAGCAUGGAGGAGUCCCAGCACCUGGGCUGGGAGUUAGAGCAGCUCACCAAGACCACCGAGAAGUCUCAGGGCCAGCAGACUCUGAGCGAGGAGGUUAGCGAGAGGACCUGCAGUCGGAUGCUGAAGCUGGAAAAGGAGAACCAGAGUCUCUUAAGGACCAUCGAGGAACUGAGAGCCGUCUCGAUGAACAAAAACACGCAGCCCAAACAUGUCUGCCAGGUGGUCUGCAGCACCAACAAUGGUACCUCAUCCACAGAUGAACCCGCGGGAUUGCAAACUGAUGUAUUCCCACACUGUGCAGAGACACAGCAGAUGCAGAACGGACAUUCGAACUGUGAUCAGCUAUUCCAUGCAGCAGAUCUGGAGCGAGUCCAGAGUGAGAUCCUCCUCACGGAUAAUCCAGACCUUCUUGUUCAGGAGAAAGGUCAGCUGGAGGAUGCACACCAAGGAGACCAUUUCAAAGAAAUGGUGUCUGAUCUGGAGGUCUUAGAAAACCAUCACAAUAGGCUCCAUUGUGUUGUUGGCUCACGCGAUCACUCCCCUGCCUCGAAGGGCAGUAGUCCCUGCCAUGACAGCAUCUUAACAGGUCUGCCAACGCGUUCCUCCUGUGCCAAAAAGCACACACAACGACUGGAGGCCAAGUGCAGGGCACUGGACACGGUAAACCAGCAUCUACAGACUUCCCUCGAUAACACAGACAGGAAGGUUCAGCGCCUGGAGGCAGAGGUUCAGGAGCUGGAGGCAGAAAACCAAAGUCUGCAGGCCACUUUAGAGCAACUUCAGAUUUCUGCACGGCGACAGGAGCAACUGGAAACGGAUAAGCAAAGCCUGGAGCAGGAAACCACAGUCCUGGAGAGGGAGAAGCGGCAGCUAGAGAAAGAGAAUCGACGGCUCCGCCAGAAGGCUGAAAUCCAGGAAGCCAAUUUAGACAGCAGCAGUGUUUUUAUGGCCAGCCUGGAAAGGGAGAUGCGUUUCCUCGUCAAGGAGGUGGAAGGGUUAAGGGAGACUGCUGAGAGGGUCAACGGCCUGGAGAGAGACAACAGAGAACUGACCAAGCAGGCUGCUAUUGAUCAGAAGACCCUGGCCAUGCUCAGAGAGGAGCUGGUGAGCGAGAAGCUGAAGACGCAGCAGAGAUACAACGAACUGGAGACGCUGGCCCACGAGUUGGAGAUGAGGGUUCUGAACCAGGAGAGUGCCGAGCAGGCUGAACAGGAAACACUAGACAACAGCAGGUUCAAGAUGCUGGAGUCCGAAUUAGAGUCGUCUCUGAAAAGAUCUCUUCAGAUUAAAGAGGACAAGAUGGCAGCUUUAGAGGCCCGUCUACAGGAAUCCUCCAGCCUGAACCAGCAGCUGCGCCAAGAGCUCAAGACCGUGAAGCUGAGCUAUGAGGCCUUGCAACAGAGGCAGGAGGAAGAGUGGACGGCGUUGAGUUCCACUCCUCCCAGGGACACCGGCCGGGCAAUGAGCGAAUGGCUGCGUGAAAGCCAGGAGGCCACCAAGGAACUGCUGAAGCUCAAAGACCGCCUCAUUGAAGUGGAGAGGAAUAACGCGACCCUUGAGGCCGAGCGCCAGGCGAUGCAGGCCCAGCUGAGGCAGCUGGGGAGUCAGUCUGCCAGCCAGCAGGCUCAGAUCCUCGCCCUGCAGCGGCAGGCUGCCUCGCUGCAGGAGAACAACACCGCCCUGCAGACACACAACGCCAACCUGCAGGUGGAAAAAUCCACUCUGAACUCUCAGAGCGCUUCCCUCAUGGCCCAGAUGGCCCAGUGCUGGCAGCAGCAGUCGGGGAGAGCGGACAACGACAGAGCGAAGAGCUGCGAAGAGCUGCGGGGGGUUCAGGAGCAGCUGCUAAGAGACCACGAGCGUCUGGCAGCGCUGCACGAACGCCAAGCCAUGGAGGACGAGGCCCUGAUGGGCAAGCACGGCUGUUUGAAGAAAGCCCAUCGCACGCUGGAGUUGGAGUAUCGCACGCUGCAGGACAGGUACAAUAGCCUGUUGCAGCAGCGGACCAAGCUAGAGGACCUGGAGAAAGCUCUGAAGGAGGAGCAAGUAAGGAUGUCUCUGGAGAAAGAGCAACACAGGACCACGGCUGCAGAGUGUUGCAGACUCCGGGACGAGAAGGACUGGCUAAACCAGACAUACCGUCAUCUUCUCAAUGACAACGAGUUGCUGAUGGCGGAUCACAAGCAGCUCAAGAGCCAGCUGAACGAGGCCAAGCUGGAGCAGACCUGGCUGGAGGCUGACUUCUCCAAACUCAAGAAGGAGUUUCAGCAGCUGGACAUCACCUCGACAAAGCUCACCAACCAGUGUGAGCUGCUGAGCCAGUUGAAGGGGAACCUGGAGGAGGAGAGUCGUCACCUGCUCAGCCAGAUCGAGACCCUGAUGCUGCAGAACCGAACCCUGCUGGAGCAGACCAUGGAGAGCAAGGACCUGUUUCACGUGGAAGAGCGGCAGUACAUUGACAAGCUUAAUGAUUUGAGGAGACAGAAAGAGAAGCUGGAGGAAAAAAUAAUGGACCAGUAUAAGUUUUAUGAGCCGUCGCCUCCACGUAGGCGUGGGAACUGGAUCACUCUGAAACUGAAGAAGUUGAUUAAAUCCAACAGCCGUGAGCACGGACCGCCCCCCGACCGCCCGCCGACGCCCACGCACGGCGCCGGCGCCGAGCCGCGCCUCUCCUGCGCCGACAACCGCUCCUUCGUCAGCUCGGAUGGCUCUGGAGGCUCCGCCUCCACCUUGGCAGGUGAUGCCGUCUCACCCCAACGUAGCAGCACCACCAAAAUGUUUCCCCGUAUAAGGAACAGGCUGAAGGACAGAGACAAAGUCAAGUCCCUCUUCCGGCGUUCCACGUCCUCGGACAGCUCGGCGUACCCCUCCGCCCCGUUCAAGGAGGAGCGGCGGGCAGACGGCUCCGCACAGCUGGAAGCGUUAGAGGCGGAUGUUGAGGAGGACGGGAAGAACACAUUGUCCUCAUCCCGUUCCACAUCCAUGUUAUCCAUCCUCCACCUUAAUCUUCCCACCACUCCACCAUCUGGCCACGUCGGCAUCACUACCACUGACACCGCCGACACUGAUCCAGAUGUUUCUGAGCUCUGGGUGACAGACAAGAAUUCAAACGACUGUGCCGUGCCGUCUGGAUUUGAGGACAGCGACGCGCUCCAGAAUCAUGGGCUGAAUGGCGUCCAGAGUCGAGCCCAAAGCGAGAGCAGCGGUGAGUUCAGCAUGAGCCUGGAAAACGAGCCGUGGUCCAACGGCAGCAGCCCGGUGCAGCAUCCCCCAUCACGCCGCUCCUCCUCCUCCUUCCAGCCCCCCUGCGACACCUCCACACCCCAACACACGCUGAAGCACCACCGGGAAAAAGCUUCCACUCUGCCCGCCGCCAACAGCCUGCAGCAUCCGGUUGUCCAGUCUCUACCCAAGCAGAGACCCCCAGUGCUCUCUCACGACUUCUGGCUCGCGAGGGGCACGAAGAGCAUCCGCAGGGGGUCCAGAGGGAAAGUGGCUCGUCGCUUGUCGGAUGGAGCGGGCGCAUUAAAAAUGAACCCCGGGGUCAACGGGGUGACCUCUAAAGCUGAAACUAGCCGGGCCUUAGUGUGUUCGCCCAUCGCAGUGCUGUACGUUCAGGGUCAGUCGUCCUCGAUGUCCGGCUGCCUCAACUGCUUCUCCACCCCUCUGGGGAAACAGGGCCGACGGAAAGGGCCCGGGUCGCCCACGAGUCUCCCCCGGGCCAGCAGUGUCAUUUCCACUGCAGAGGGGUCGUCCCGACGCGCCAGUGUAAUCGGGGAGUGCAGGGUGCCGGUCAAGACCGACUCGCUCUCGGUUCAGGUCUCCGAUACGGAUCCGUCGAGUCAGCCUGAGCCCGAGACGAUCGACAGUGAGCCCGAGCCUCCUGUCAAACCUCCCAGAGACCCAGCAGCUGUUGUUGUUGCUCCCACAGACGACCCCAUCAGGUCUCCAGUGGAGGAGUCACUUUUUUUUGACUCCUCUUUCACUUUCAACUCUGUCUUCUCCAACACCAUUUUCAGUGAUUCUGCGGUCACGACCGUGGCCAGUAUGGAUGCCCUUGAAAACAACCAGAGCGUCCUCGGUCUGAAUCCAUCUCUGGUGCACGAUGGUCCACUCGAGAGUGAGGAGGUCACUCCUGACACGCCACAAACACUCACCGUGGUUAAUGAGCAGAGUCAGAACGCAGAACAUGCACCUGGGUUGAUGGAGGAGAAGGACAAGACGCUCGCCAUGCAAUGAAAGCAGCUGCCCACGUCAUUGAAUAUUGUCUAAUUUAAUAAAGUUGGUAGAUGCAACAAGGCCAUCACAUCAAAAGAGACUGUAAUAUAAUAUGUUUGCAUUUUAUUCCACUAAAUACCUGCAGUAUACCAUGAUCCUAAAAAGUGUUUUAAGUUCCUUUUGGUUCAGAUUGUUUUCCCCAUUGUUUCUCAGCAUAUUCAGAUAUCUGAGGAAUAGUUGUAUUAACUUUCCAUUGUGAUUGUCUCUUUCAUAUAACUUUGCCCUCAUUUGUCCAUUUUACAUAGAUUGGUGUUAGGCCUGUUUAAUUGACCACAUUGUCUCUUGUUCUGUGACAUUUGUGUUUGCCAAAAUAUGUUGUUAAUUCCUGCUGUUGCUGUUGUAUUUAUUUCCUGUACCUCAGACAUUUUUUUUUUAAUGAUUGUUACAUGUUGAUCGCUUAGUCUGUGAGAUUUAAAUGUGAGCCUUAGGGAAGUGUGAAACUGUAAAUCUUGUAAAUUAGAAUGUGUACCUGAAUGCUAUUUUACCUGAAAUAAAGAGACCCAUAAAAGAUGUA